GGCGGAGCAGGCCGGGGGAGUUGAGAGCAGCCGUUCUCCUCGCCCCGUUACUGCCGACCCGCCGGCUCCGUCCCCGCCCCGCGGCCUCCGGGCCCUGCCCGGGGGUGGGGAAUCCCCUCGCUGAGGACCGCUUCCCGUCUUCUCCUCUGCUCCGGCGCGGCACCCCCUGGCCCCGGCGGGGACUAUGCGGAGAUGGCCGUCCCGACCCGAGGCAGGAACAAAGAGUCGCUGCCGCUCAAGCCCGGGCAGCAGCAGCAGCAGCACCAAUCGCCGGGCGCCAGCCCCGGGAGCGGUCGCGGGCGUCCGCCGCACUCUCCCGGCAGGCAGGUCCCCGGCGGGGCCCGCGCCAUGCGGAAGGGAGGCGGCGGCCGGCGGGGAGCCAGGAGCGACCCCCAGAGACCCUUCAGGGAGGGGCCGUCGGCUGAAUGGGACCGGGACGUGCUGGGCCGCGGGCCCCUGAGGCUCCUGCGCGUCUGCAGAGACUGGCUCCGAGUGUUUGUGGAUGACAGGAAGGCCUUCAACAUCAAAGCUGAUAGCAAGAUAUGGCUCACUUUCCUGCUGGCUGCUUUUGCAGGAGUCCUACAUUGGUAUCACAUAACAACCCUCUUUGAAAACGACCGUCACUUCUCUCACCUCUCGACCCUGGAAAGAGAAAUGGCUUUUCGCACCGAAAUGGGUCUUUAUUAUUCCUACUUCAAGAUCAUCAUCGAGGCACCAUCGUUUUGGAAUGGAGUCUGGGCGAUUAUGAAUGACAGACUAACUGAAUAUCCUUUAGUGAUUAACACCUUACAGAGGUUCAAUCUUUACCCAGAGGUGGUCCUUGCCAGCUGGUACCGCACGUACACGGCCGUGAUGGAUUUCCUUGGUGUGCCCACAAAGACCUGUUGGACUGUAAACAGAGGAAAAGGGCUCAGCCCUGUUGAAAGCUGUGAGGGUUUGGGAGACCCUGCUUCCUUCUAUGUUGCUGUGAUCUUUCUUCUGAAUGGAUUCAUGAUGUCACUGUUCUUCAUCUAUGGUACAUACCUCAGUGGGAGUCGUCUAGGAGGCCUUGUUACUGUGAUGUGUUUCUUUUUCAACCACGGAGAGUGCACUCGCGUCAUGUGGACUCCACCUCUUCGUGAAAGCUUCUCAUACCCCUUCCUUGUGCUUCAGAUGUUGCUUUUGACCUAUAUUCUCAGGAUUCCGAAUGUUAAUACAGGAAGCUUGAUUGCACUGUGUGUUUCUAAUAUCUUUUUCAUGCUUCCCUGGCAGUUUGCUCAGUUUGUUCUUCUAACACAGAUAGCUUCAUUGUUUGCUGUCUGCAUUAUGGGUUAUAUUGACUCCUGCAAAUUACAGAAGAUACUCUCUGCUCAUAUGGUGUCCCUCGUGGUGUGUUUUGUUCUGAUGUUUGGUAAUUCCAUGUUGCUGACAUCCUACUAUGCUGCAUCUCUUGUAGUCAUCUGGGGAAUUCUUGAACUGAGUCCAAAAGUCUUGAAAAGAAGGAGAAGAGAAAUCUACAUAUGGGUCAUUGAAGGAUGUGCCUGGUUAUUUGGGACAGUCACCUUGAAAUGCCUAACAUCCUUAGCCUUUGGCAUAGCUGAUGAUGCUCAUAUAGGGAAUAUAUUGAAAUCUAAAUUUAUUGGCUACAAGGAUUUUGAUACACUGAUGUAUACCUGUGCUGCAGAGUUUGACUUCAUGGAAAAAGAGACUCCAGUAAGAUACACAAAGACUCUGCUGUUGCCAGUUGUUCUGGUGGUGUUUGGGGUAAUCAUCAAAAGGGCAAUUAAAUAUCUUCUGUGGACCCUAUCUCAGGCUGGCCCCUGUGAAAGAGAGGACCGUUUCAGCCACGGUGAGCUGGUGUACCAUGCCUUGCAGCUGUUGGCAUUCAGUGUCCUAGCAAUUCUAAUCAUGAGACUGAAGCUGUUUCUGACGCCACAUCUCUGUGUUAUGGCUUCUUUAAUGUGUUCAAAACAGUUGUUUGGAUGGCUCUUCUGUAAAAUCCAGCCCAAAACCUUGGUCUUUGCUAUUUUAGCAUUGAUGGCAAUAGAAGGAUCAGCAAACCUGCAAACUCAGUGGAACAUCAUGGGAGAAUUUAGCAAUUUGCCACAGGAGGAGCUGUUAGAGUGGAUAAAAGUCAGUACCAGACAAGAUGCAGUUUUUGCAGGAGCUAUGCCUACAAUGGCAAGUGUUAAACUGUCCACGCUUCGUCCCGUGGUCAAUCAUCCUCACUACGAAGAUGCAGGACUAAGGGCCAGGACUAAAGUUGUGUAUUCCAUGUACAGCCGAAAACCUGCCAAGGAAGUGAAAAGAGAACUGACCAAACUAGGAGUCAAUUACUACAUUCUGGAGGAGUCAUUGUGUGUAAGCAGAAAAAAGCCUGGUUGCAGCAUGCCUGAAAUUUGGGAUGUGGAAGAUCCUGUUAAUAGUGGCAAAAUCCCUUUAUGUACCCUCCUGAGUGAGGAUUCCAGGCCCUACUUCAUCACAGUGUUUGAAAACAGCAAUUACAGAGUCUUGAAGAUUCCAAAGGAAUAAUAUUCCAAUGCCAAGAGUAACUCUUCAGAGUUCUAAAUCAGAAAUAACCUUUUUUUCUACUAGACUUAAAAUGGGAAAAAGAAACCAAACCCACAAACAAAAACACCCAACCCAACCAACAAAAAAGCCACAUCUGGUUUUACUUUUUAACCAUUUGAAGUGAAUUCUGAUUAUAUAGAAAUACCUUGAAGCUAACAGUUAGUGGAUUUCUGUUUCAGGGUCAGUCCCUUGAGAUUUGCUAUGCAAAUUGAGUCUAUGUUUGCACAUUUUACUGAACACUGAUCCAAAAACCAAACAGAGAGUUAAAAAAAGGUAGCUGUGGGGAAGUGUCUCCAUUCUCAAACCCAAGGCUGGUGUGAAAUGGGACUGUCAAGGGUGGCUUAGCAAAGCAAGGUUUAAAGCUUUGGUGCUAGCAGCUAGAGGAAUGGUGCUAUAGCAUCUGGCAUCACCUUUCCCACAUCACUUUCAUUACCAUCACCCUUCUGGGCAAGGUAAUGGUAGGAAUUCUCUUUCGAAACUCACUGCUCAUGUCCUGUUUCUUUGUUUUCUUUUUCCUUUUGAGAAAGUUAAGAACAUUCCUCAGUUUGGAUCCCUUUUAAAGCUUGCUUUUGAAAGGGGGAAGAGUUUGUAGGCAGGCUUUGAAACUCCAUUCUUUAGCUUGCACGCUCUUGGGAGUUUUUAGUGACAAUAGAAAGAACCCCAAGAGUAAGAAGGGUUAAUAUUUGCAGUGAGCACUGCUUUGGGCUUCUCAGUGUCCAAGGAUUUUGAAGCAUUCUUGUGCCAGCUUGUUCUGAAUGCAACUUUUAUUUGUUUUAAGGGGUUAAAAAAAGAAGCAGCUUUAUUCAGGAAACAAAACAAAUCUGUCCUAGCCUUAGAAAGAUACUAAAAGAAAUCCUUCACUGCCUUAACAAGACCUUCAGCACCUCACCUGAUGAGAAACUGCUUUUUCAAAGUUGAUACCCUGUUUUCUUUCUCCCUCCUCCUCCUCCAACUCCCUCCCCUGUAUUAGGUCCUGCCUGGAUUUUAUCAGCAACAGGAGAGAAAAAGGAGAUGAAGCCAACUGUGAUAGGAGUGCAGUCAGCUGGUUCUUAGAAUUGUAGAAUCAGUCAGGCUUUACCUCUCUCCCCCAGUUCUUCUUCCCAUCCUACCUGUCUGGAUGUGAUCCUCUGUGGUCUGUGUUAGUGUUGUCCUGCUCUGGCAGAGGGGGUUGGACUCAGUGAUCUCCUUGGGUCCCUUCCAACCCCUAACGUCCUUGUGAGCCUGUGACCUAGAAGCAGAGGUUGGAGGUGCAGUGUGUGAGUGGCUGGGUGAGUUUCAGCUGCUAGCUGGCUCUAAACCAGGACAGAUACCAAGAAUCAUAGAAUCAGUCAGGGUUGGAAGGGACCACAAGGAUCAGCCAGUUCCAACCCCCCUGCCAUGCCCAGGGACACCCUGCCCUAGAGCAGGCUGCACACAGCCUCAGCCAGCCUGGCCUCAAACACCUCCAGCCAUGGAGCCUCAACCACCUCCUUGGGCAACCCAUUCCAGCCUCUCACCUCUCUCCUGCUCAACAACUUCCUCCUCACCUCCAGCCUGACUCUCCCCACCUCCAGCUUUGCUCCAUUCCCCCCAGUCCUGUCACUGCCUGACACCCUAAAAAGUCCCUCCCCAGCUUUUUUGUAGCCCACUUCAGAUCCUGGAAGGCCACAAGAAGGUCACCUGGGAGCCUCCUCUUCUGCAGCCUGCACAGCCCCAACUCUUUCAGUCUGUACUCAGCAGAGCUGCUGCAGCCUCUGAGCAUCCUCCUGGCCCUUGCAGUGACACCAAUCAGGUAAUUUAGAGCAUUCACUUCCCAAGGGGACAAGGAAACCCCAGGGAGUGGUUUAAUUGACCAGGUAGUGUUUUGGUUUUGUUCAUUGCCACUAAGGGAAUCUCACAGCAGUUGUGAUUCUAAGGUAUAAGAAGACUUUUAAAUGUCUUUCUCUGUGCUAUCAUUCAUGUUUUGGUUUGCCUUGAGUUAUGUGUUCAGGCAUCAAAUCUGCUGACAAGGAACUAGUGGUGGUGUUUAGCCCUGAUAGCAUCUGGCAGUGUCAGAUGCUCUUUGGGAGGGGGUAGAAUCUAUCAGACUGCUAAGUGUCAGUGACUUACUCAAGUAGUAGUGGAACAACUGAUCAGUAUUCUGAGACUUCUUAUUUUUAUAAGAGCUGUUUUCUGGAGAAGGGGGGAGGGGGAGAAUGGCUGGAAAAGGAAUUAGCUUUUUAACUUUUACAGAGUAGAUUUUGGGGGGGAAAUUUCUAUGAGGAAACUCUCACACACAAAAACCCAAACGAAAACCACCCCACAAUUAAAAAGGGCUUUGGGGAAGUCACUUUGCUAAACUGAAUUCAAGGAAGAAGUGGGGAGGGGAGAAAUAUCUUUCUAUAGAAACAUGGUGACUUGUGCUACAGCACAGCAAAAGGUACUGUAUUUUUAUGAAGUUUAUGCCAACUGUUGACAUGUGCUUAUGUGGUUAAAUAAAAAAAGGUGGAAGUUGUC